CAGUGAUGAAGUACUAACCUAGCCUAUCCGCAUCGAGGAGUAAACAAGACUCAGCAGUGUGGUUUUGUCUUCUCGCGCGUUGUAGUUGAAACCACUGCACUAGCCAUAGCAAGCACCACGUGCCGCACGAGAUAUAGGUACAAAUAAAUCGUCAUGUGCAGUAAAAAACAGUUUUUUCGGUUUUUGGUGCUGUGCACCCUUCUAAGCGGCACUUUGACAGUACCGAAAAGACGGCAGACUUUUUCGAACAUUUAUUUGCCGAGGUGUAAAUUUGACGAGAACAUCAUGAAAAACGACGAUAGACUUUUCGAUAAAAUCGUUAAUUCGCAAUACGUUUUUACCGGUAAAGUGACCAACGAUGUGAAAUUCGAAAAUUCCACGGUUAAGUUCAGUGUUUCGGUUCGUAGGUACUUUAAAAAUACCGGUGCUGAAAAAAAGGAUUUAGUGACGGUGAUUAGAAGCGUCCACAAGGACGAAGGAGUGAAAUGCAGGCAAAUAAUACGACCGAAAUUCACCGCCAUUUUCAUCGGAAACAAUCCCGAUUUCGGGGAAAAUAUCGACAUCGAAUUGAGCUUAUCACCGCUACCUGUUACGCUAGGUAAUUUGGACCGCGUCAACUUGGCAGCCAAAGAAAAACCUAAGGAGGUCAAAAUGAAAACGUUUCCAGAAACCGAAGAAACUUUGGAUCUCAUGCACAAACCGAGACAACAUUCUAUGGAAGGCACGGAAAACCAUUUGGGAAUGGUACACAUGAUGGGUCUGCCCAACUAUCCUGAGCCCUGCGAGAAAACCUAUUGCGCAUGGGGUGCACAUUGUAUCAACGGACCCGAUGGAAGGGCUCUCUGCCAGUGUCCCACGUUUUGCAAACAAAAGGUCGAUCUUGUUUGCGGCACCGAUGGAAAGACAUACGCUAAUCACUGUCAACUUCGCGUGGCAUCCUGCAAAGCACGACUUAACACAAGAAUCAGGCAUGUCGGCGAGUGCGAGCAAAAUGAUCCGUGCAGAGAGAAGCAAUGUGGCUUCGGGGCGAGAUGUAUUGUGUCGUCUGAUGGUAGAAACGCCAGUUGCGUGUGUCCGGAGAAAUGUCCGAGCUACGGCGAUCACACGUCUUCGCGUCCCGUCUGCGGUUCCGAUGGAAUUAACUAUAGGAAUCAGUGCGAGCUGCAAAAGUCCGCCUGCACAUCGAACACGAAUAUAACAAUAAAAUUUGCCGGAAAAUGCGAUCCUUGCGCGGGAAUCGAGUGCGCGGAGCCAGAAGUGUGCCAACUAGACGAACACAGGAACCCCAUUUGUAAAUGUGGGGACAGUUGCCCUCUCGAGUUCACCCCGGUUUGCGGCUCCGACGGAAAAACAUAUCCAAAUGAAUGUACUUUACGGCAAGAAGCUUGUCGAGCCCGGAAAACUCUUAACAUUAUUUACAGGGGCAAAUGCAGCUCAGGGAUAAACCCAUGUACGAGCGUGCGAUGUAGUAUGGGAGAAGAAUGUGCGAUAAACAAAUUUGGCAUAGCCCAUUGCGAGUGUCCGCCGAGCUGCGAGCCAAUAAUGAGGCCGGUCUGUUCGAAGGAUGGACGUACCUAUCCGUCGGAUUGCGAGCUAAAAAGGGCCGCAUGUUUGGCACGGACUGCAAUCGAGAUCGCUUAUACUGGGGUAUGCGGCGAAAAAGGUCCGUGUAGCGAUCACGAGUGUCAUUUCGGGUCGACUUGCGUUGAACGUGGAGGUAAAGCGCUAUGCGAAUGUCCCGUAUGCCCGUCCGAAUUUCAGCCUGUAUGCGGAUCGGACGGAAUAUCCUACGGCAACGAAUGCAAAUUAAGAAUGGAGGCCUGCAAACACAGGAGGGAUAUUGCCGUACUUUACGACGGUCCUUGCAAUGGUUGCGAGAAUAAAAAAUGCGACUUUUAUUCAAUUUGCGAGAGCGACGGUGCAACUGAAGGCAAAUGCAUAUGCCCAGGAAGCUGUUUCGAAACAAAGCUCAACAAUGGAACUGUGUGUGGCACAGAUGGAGUCACUUACGCAAACGAAUGCGACCUUCGCAUGGCCUCUUGCAGAACCAAGCAAUAUAUUCUCGUUGCAUACAAGGGAAAUUGCGAUUUGUGUCAAGGAAUCGAAUGUAAAUAUGGGGCUAGAUGCGAAGCUGGCGAGUGUGUCUGCCCGACAAAUUGUGAAGGAGCCGGAGAAGAGCCGGUGUGCGCUUCAAAUAUGGUUACGUUUAAGAGCGAGUGCGAAUUGCAAAAGGCAAUGUGUUUACUGCCUACGAACGCCAGACCUUUAACCGUAGUUUUUUACGGCGAUUGCAGGGAACGCUUUCCCGGAUCGCUUAGCACGUCCCCGCCAUCAUUCACCGUUCAAACAUCCUCAUCGCCAAGCGGGACCGAUUUCGAUACUAUAGGCCCAGACAAUACAGUCCCAGAUGGAAAUGAGGCUUGCAGGGAUAUACACUGCGACUUUGAGGCGACUUGCGAGUUAGGCCCAGAUAAUUUUCCUCGAUGCACUUGUCAAUUUGACUGCGCUGCGGCCGCUUUCACAUCUAAACCUGUCUGUGCAUCAGACUUACGGAUUUAUCCGUCGGUGUGUGCAAUGAAGAUGGAGGCAUGUCAAAGGCAAGAGGAAUUAAGGCUGAGACCGCUAGAACUUUGUCAAGGAAUGGAAGUUAAACCAUGCAAAGGCGAAAAACCUUUACUCGACUCCACCACUGGCAAAGAGCUAGACUGCGGAAACGGACCAUUCAGACAGGACUGUCCAUCGGGCAGCUACUGUCAUCAAACCAACAAAUUCUCGCGUUGUUGUAAAAAAGGUCAUAACUUUAUUGAGCAAAAAAGUUGCGAAGACAGCUGGUACGGGUGCUGUCCAGACGGUAAAAAUCCUGCUCAGGGCCCGAACCACGCGGGUUGUCCCUCUCUAUGCGGUUGCAAUAAAUUGGGUUCAUAUUCGGAGAUUUGUGAUCCAGAAACUCAGCAGUGCCGAUGCAGACCGGGCGUGGGGGGAUCAAAAUGCGACAGAUGCGAACCUGGUUUCUGGGGACUCCCUAAAAUAUCUUCAGGAUACAGAGGAUGCAUACCUUGCGGUUGUUCAUCGUUUGGUUCUGUGAGAGACGAUUGCGAGCAGAUGACUGGUCGUUGCGUUUGCAAGCCGGGCGUUCAAGGACAAAAAUGUACGGUGUGCACUAGUCACAAUAAGAUUUUGGGACCGAACGGAUGCGUAGCAGCGGAUUUGACUACAACAUCUCCAAGUACGUGUAAAGAGUUAACAUGUUAUUUUGGAGCUACAUGCACGGAAAGAAACGGUUUCGCCAUUUGCGAGUGUCACACCAAAUGUCCCGAAGAUACCGAUUCACAAGUUGUGUGUGGAAGUGAUGGGCAGACUUAUCCGUCGGCUUGCGAGUUGCGACAAGUGGCUUGCCGCUUACAAAAAGAUAUCGUUGUUCAGGCUUUUGGAACUUGUAAAGAAGACAUGUUCCCAAGCACUGAUUGGCCAAUUCGACGUUACACUCCACUCCAGUUCACUCAACCUGAUGAGUCUAACUCUCCUCUAUCAAAAUCUACGAGACACUUGCUUGUCCCCGAUCCUAGAUAUUACUAUGAGAGAAGUGGCUCUAUUAUUCGUCCUAUACAUGGCGUUUCCUAUCCAACUGAUAAUAAAGCUAUUUCCGAUAUAAAUGUUUCUGACGCUGGACCCAAUAUCAUUUACAAUACACGUGGCAACUUCGCAUCGGAAUACAGACCAACCCCAGCAACCGUAAGGGUAGUAACGGCAUUGUUAGGAGAUCUUUGUUCAGAUAUAUCUGACUGUAUCAUCUCGAACAGUCACUGUGUUAAAGGAGCUUGCACAUGUCUCCCCGAUCAUUUAGAAUCAUCCGAUAGGCAGGACUGCAUAGCAAAUCCCGUAGCAACUGAUGAGUACAGGACCUGUGCGUCCGCCCCUUGUCAUCAUUUCAGUACUUGCAUCGACCUGCCCGGCUCGACCUUUACAUGCGUAUGUCAUGGUAAUUUUACCGGGACCCUAUGCGACUCGGAGAUUGUUUUAAAGCAAUACGAAAUUCCGGCCUUUCAUGGCAGAUCCUACGUUAAACUUAAACCUCUGAAAGCCUACCACAAACUGAGCGUGGAAGUCGAAUUCAAAUCUCAUUCAUACGACGGAAUAAUAUUGUACAAUCAACAAAAAUUCGACGGACUAGGCGACUUUAUAUCACUAGCUCUGAUAAAUGGAUUCGUCGAGUUCAAGUACAAUUUGGGUAACGGGCCUGUUGUAAUCAGGUCGCUCGACAAAAUACAGCUCGGUAAUUUUCACAAAGUUAUUCUUAAACGUUACCACAAAGAUGGCAUUCUAAAAUUAGACGACGCUGAGGAAAUUGCAGGACAAGCUUUAGGGUCCUUGAAAGCUCUUGAUCUUUUAGAGGACACCUAUAUCGGCUAUAUUCCCACCAACCAUACACGUGUUUUUGAUAACAUUGGAACGAAUAGAGGCUUUAAGGGAUGCAUUAGGAAACUGAAAAUAGGACGACAAGAUAUUGAAUUACACAUGAACCGUCACGAUUGGGUUUUGAAAACAAAAAAUGUACACGAUUGUAGUCAGCACGCUUGCAGUAUCUCCCCUUGCCUGAAUAAUGGAAAAUGUCUGAAGUCAGAUGAGUUAUAUCUCUGCGAGUGCGUGGACAACUUCAGCGGCGAAUUUUGCGAAAAAAACAAUGAUCCCUGUUUUUGCAAUCCUUGUCUACACGGCGGCACAUGCCGUAUCAAAAAUCAAUUGUUCUACUGCGAGUGUCCUGCCCAAAAAACCGGCCUUAUCUGCGAACUAGAUUCGCAAAAUAAAGAUGUGGAAAUACUUUCGCCGGAAUUCAAUGGAUCCAGUUUUAUCCGGUUUCCACGUUUAGAGGGCAUUAAGAAAACAUUUUCAAUUGAAAUUUUCUUCCUGCCCAAAGCAGCUAAUGGCCUAAUAGUGUACAACGGUCAAAUGAAAAAUGGUCGGGGCGAUUUUAUUUCGCUGAAUUUGGCUCGUGGUCACCUGCAAUUCAGAUUUAACCUGGGCAGCGGCGUUGCGAAUUUAACGAGUCAGGAACAAGUAACUAUUGGAAAAUGGCAUUGGGCCCGUAUAUCUAGAGAUGGUAGGGAAGGAAUUUUGCAAUUGGAUAAUUCUAGCAUAGUUCGCGGUUACUCCGGCACACCGCUUACUGAACUUAAUCUCGAUUUGCCAUUCUACAUCGGGUCCUUGGCAUCGUGGGGGCACUUGCAUCGGCUGUCGGGCGCCUCUAAGGGAUUUAGAGGGGCCAUCCAGCGGGUUUUAAUAAACGGCAUACAACUUCCGAUAUCUGGAAGACUGGACGAAUGCUCCGGAAACAACACGGGAUGCUCGAAAAAUGUCGCUUUCUACGAUGGAUUACCCUGUCCGCUCAACAAUAAUCCUUGUAAGAACAACGGACUAUGUAUACCAGAUUUAAGCGAGUUUACUUGCAAGUGCUUGUCGAAUUUUAAAGGAAAAUACUGUGAAACUCAGCACGAAGAUACCAUCGCACUCAAGUUCAUCGGGACGACUUAUUUGCAGUACAGAAACAGGGGAUACAAAAGAAGAAAACCGGAAAGAGGAAAUAGAUACGAAAUCAAACUAAAAACAUUUACUUCAGAUGGUCUCGUUCUCUGGAGGGCCAAAAAUAAAAACCUCCUUGAAGAUUACUUUUCAGUGUCCAUAGUUGAUGGUUAUGCCGAGCUCAGUUUCAAUCUUGGGAAAUCUGAAGAAUUUUGGUCCUUAAGAUCAAAAACUAAAGUCGAUGAUGGGGAAUGGCACACAAUCCAAGUAAGAAGGCGAAAACGAAUUGGUUUUAUAUCGAUUGACGGGGAACCCCCUGCCAAAGGUAUCGCCAAAUCCGGUGCCAUAGCUCUUCGUACCAACUCCAAACUAUGGAUUGGUGGUACAUCUUCUUUGCCUACAGGGUUACCAUCCUCAUACUACAAGGGAUUUGAGGGGUGUAUUCAAUAUGUCAUUGUAAACAGGAAUCCGUUAGAUAUGCUAGCAAGCAAUGACUUAAAUAAAAUUCAUUUUUGCCAUGAUAAUGAAAUUUAAACUAAUAUCAUAACAAUGUCAUAUUGAUGAAAAAACCUGUGAGACUGAUACCAUACUCCUAAAUUUUCCAAUUAUAUAGCUUCGAUAAACCAAACUUAUAUUGGGGUGUUAUUCACUAUAUCCAUUCUAUUAUAUUAGUUUUUGUAUAAUGUAUUAUAUUGUUUGUCAGGACACCCUGUAUAUAUAAUGUUGUAUAUAGAUGUAAAAAGCUAUGCGUCUAAACUUGGGAGUAAAACAAAAUAAAACAAUAAUAGAAGUAUUAAGUAUUCUUACAAAUAUUAUAUAUCUAGUCUUAUAUUAAUUUUUUAUUGGACUAUUAGUUACGCUUAAUACUGGAAUUCGAAUUCGAAAAUAUGCUCAAAACUAGUUUUUAGCCACGAAUAUUUAACCAUUACAAAAUACAAUAUUCCGUGUAAUCCUGAGUAAGUCAAUAUGACAUUAUUUAGAGGUGUUGCAAAAUUGAUUUACUUUUUUAUUUGUUUUUGAAUUUUUUUCAAAAAUUCCCAGAACCUACGAAUUUUUUGCGAAGUUGCCAAAUUUCCAGGAUCUGGGAACAUCAGCCUUUUUUCCCUUAAAACUACAGCUAGUGUAAUAUAAAUUGGGUUUUAUCAAUUUCUAAGCACAAUUAAGCGCUGAAUUGUGCUCAGACCAAAUAUAUAUUAUACAGGGUGUUUCAAAAAACAUGCGCCAACGCUCGGCUGGAGAUUCCUUAUCCAAAAAUAAGAAGAAAAAGUCAUAUAAACGUGGGUCCGAAAAUGCUUAGUUUUUAAGAUACAGGGUGUUAAAUAUUUUUUUUUUAAACGGCUUUUUUAAAAUAUCUUAAAUAUCCUUUGGCCGAUUCUGUUGAAAUUUGGCAACGUUAUUUAUAGUAAUAAGUAGCUAAUUUUUCUUUAACUACGUUAAAAUUUUCAAGUCCAGUGGCGUCCCGGGGGGCACCUUAAGAAAUAUUAUUAAGAAAAAAAAUGUGCGCCAAUGAUUUUUUUGCAGGUUUUAUACAUUUUUUAGAUUAAGCCACUAAAAAUACAACUUUUUUGUCUCUUCAGUAUUUUUCGUAUCUUACCUCGUUUUCGAAAGAAAAAAUAAAAACCACAUUAUUACAUGAAAAUUGACAAAACUCAUAUUUUAUACUUUUUGCCAUGUUUGAUCUUUUAAAAAAUGAUUCCAACUACCUAAACAAAAACUGCCUUUUGUAAUUUUUUGUUAAAUCAAGCUGUUUUUUUAUGAACAUUUAUUUUUGAACCCUUAAAUAGACAAUUAACUUACUUCUAAAAUAUUAACUAAAGAUAAUGAUGAAAAUGACCACCACCAGCUUCAUUGCAGGCACGUAGCCUACGACGUAAGGACUUUCGUACUCUGUUACAAACAUGGCGAUUUUCUUUAAUUGUUUGAAAUCCUUCGUGUAUUCGUUGCAUUAGGUAGUUCAUCUCUUGUAAGAACAGGCGUUUUAUACACAAUUUCCUUUAGAUGACCCCAAAAAUAAAAAUCCAAAGGAUUUAAAUCGGGUGAACGAGGUGGCCAACGAACAGGACCUCCUCGUCCAAUCCAACGAACACCGUAUGUUUCAUUGAGAUAAGCUCGAACAUCGGCUGCAAAAUGUGGCGGCGCCCCAUCAUGCUGGAACCACAUGCGGCCUCUUACAUGCAAUGGGAUCAAUUCCGGCAAAUCGUUGGCGAUAAAAUUUAAAUAGGAUUCAUGGUUAAGCCUAUUAGGUAAAACAACUGGCCCAAUUAUUUCAUUAUCAAUAAUGCCGGCCCAUAUGUGGUUGGAAAAUUGGUAUUGUGAAUUGGCUAUUCUUAAUAAAUUUGGAUUCUCGUCAGCCCAAGUAUGUAAAUUGUGAAAAUUUAUUAUUCAUUUUCUGGUGAAUGAAGCUUCAUCUGUGAAUAGUACAUUUCGGGAAAAAUUUCUAUGGUGCCUUCUUCCUUAGAAACCAUUGGGAAAAUUCUUGCCUGGGAAUAAAAUCCCUAGGCAACAACUCUUGGACUUUUGUAAAGUGGUAAGGCUUCAAUUGUUGCUCCUGUAGGGUCCUUAACACAGAGGACGCUGAUAUUCCUAACUCAUUUGCAACAAUUCUUGUACUUGUAGUUGGGUCAUUUUGAACACUAUUUAAAAUAGCUUCUUCAACUUGAACGGUACGCCGGUAUCUUCUACGUCCAGAAUUAAAUUUGGCUGGUUUUAGAGAACCAGUUUGCCUUAAGCGAGAAAGUAAAUUUUCAAAUGUAUUCUUAUGCGGAAUUCGUGCUUGAGGAAAUUUUCUAUGAUAAAUUCUUACUGCUUCGUGUGCAUUUUGCCUCGCUUCACCAUAAACUAAGAGCAUAUCGGACAAUUGAUGUAAAGAAUAAUUUAUAAAAGGCAUUUUUACACAACUAACAAAUUCACUUUAACUACAAAAGUAUCUCUACUUGAAAGCAAUAAUAUCAAAUUUAUUUAAUUUUCAAUCUGUCAAUCUUUUACUUAUUCCAAAGCCCACUUAUUUAUUCCUCAAACAUAAUAGUGUAAAAUAUGCGUUUUGUCAAUUUUCAUGUAAUAAUAUGGUUUUUAUUUUUUCUUUCGAAAACGAGGUAAGAUACGAAAAAUACUCAAGAGACAAAAAAGUUGUAUUUUUAGUGGCUUAAUCUAAAAAAUGUAUAAAACCUGCAAAAAAAUCAGUGGCGCACAUUUUUUUUCUUAAUAAUAUUUCUUAAGGUGCCCCCCGGGACGCCACUGGACUUGAAAAUUUUAACAUAGUUAAAGAAAAAUUAGCUACUUAUUACUAUAAAUAACGUUGCCAAAUUUGAAAAGAAUCGGCCAAAGGAUAUUUAAGAUAUUUUAAAAAAGCCGUUUAAAAAAAAAAUAUUUAACACCCUGUAUCUUAAAAACUAAGCAUUUUCGGACCCACGUUUAUAUGACUUUUUCUUCUUAUUUUUGAAUAAAGAAUCUCCAGCCGAGCGUUGGCGCAUGUUUUUUGAAACACCCUGUAUAAUAGGUAUAUUGUAUUUUGUAAGUAAAAUUUCGGGUUUAGAAAAUAUUCGUUGCUCAAUACUAUUUUUUGAGUUUUCGAAUUAGGAUAUUGAGCGUAACAUUUGAGAGACAAGAAUAUGCAUAAAACUCUUUUAUCAAAAACAGUUUUAUUGCGAUAUUGACAAAUAUCAGGUGCCAUAUCACGAAAUUGCCCAUUUAGGCCAUAUAUUAAAUUUCAAUUUAUGUAGUUUUUAGUUCAACCCUAUUUAUUUUUUUUUGUUUCUAUCCUCAAUUAUGUGUAAUAUACCACGUCAUAUAGCCAAACCUUCAAUUGUAUAAAAAUGUACUGUAGAAAAGACGUGAUCCUUCCAAAAAAAAUUGCAAUCAUAUCGAAAAAGCCAUAUGUUAGUAAAUCGCUAUGUUACUAUGUCUUGGAUACAUAUCCAUAAAAUAAUUAAAUUAAAUUUAAAUUUCGAGAAAAGUUUAAAAAAAUAAUUGUUCAAGAUGCUUAAAUGUUAUGUAAAUAGCUUAAAACAUAGAUUUAUUUUAGGCCAUGUUAAUUUUUAGAUAUAUAAUAAAAUAGGUCGACUAGAUGAAUUAACCAUAAUGUAAUUUAGUAUUAUUUUAACUCAUAGACUUCUGUAAAAUAAUGCUGCAAAAUAUAUUUUUUUCCUACUAAAGUUUGUAGUGUUUUACCCUGUUUACGCAAACUACUACAUCCUGUAAAAAUAACGAAUAUGCAAAGUAGGUUUUAAACGAAUCAUAAUCUUUUGCAGAUAAUUUAA